UGGACAAAGACGUGCCCGUAUGUAUCGACUGGUACGUUAGAGGGACUCACACAAUGUCCCAUCAGCCAAUUCGGUAUUUUGAGGAUAAAGACCACGCUGAAGCGUAUGCCAGAUACCGAAUACCAUUCACCUCGGAAGUCGUGGAUUUUAUAGUCCGCUAUGUUCAAGAUGGCGGCUGUGAAUUAAACAGUGCUGUGGAUAUCGGCUGCGGUACAGGCCAUCAGAGCACCAUUCCACUUGCCCGCGUCUUCAGACACGUCAUCGGCGUUGACAUCAGCCAGGAACAGAUACGACAGACGCCACUUUUGAGCAACGUGGACUUCCGGGUCGGGCAAGGUGAAGAUAUGGCAUUCCUUGAAUUUUCUUCCGUGAAUGUUGUUUCUGUUGCAACGGCGAUACAUUGGCUUGAUCUCCCUGCUUUCUACAAGGAAGUAGAUCGGGUACUGACGCCAAGAGGGUGUUUGGCGGUGUAUUGGAUGGACAGAGAGAAAGUGGACAAUGAAGAGGCCCAAGCAGCCAUUGAGGAGUUCCACGACUCGACGUCAGAAUACCGCGCAGAGGGAGUGAAAAGGAUCUGGGACCGGAAGGAGAUUCCCGAAUGCCCGUAUGGAACAUGGCUGCAUGACACCAGCGUUAUUAUAACCAAGACCAUGACAGUCGAGGACUUGGUCCAACUCUCCUCCACAAUGUCCUUCUGGCAGAAAUAUUUGGAGGCGAACCCAGGCUCAGCGAAACUGACCGAUUACAGAGAAACUCUGAAUGGCCUAAUUCGCAGCGGCUCAGAGGAAAAACAAGGAGCAUCCCCAUCCAUGGAAUUCAAGUACCGCGUCAAUAUACUGCUGUGUAGGAAACCAAGUCUUUAACCUUAGCAAAUAUUAUAUAUAAACAACAAAACAAACAAUCGAAAACAAAUAAACCCCAAUAAUUAAAUCCUCUUUUACAGCCUUACUUUCUGCCAAAGCUGGUUAUAUUUUAGUGUGAUUGUUCCAUGCGUUGUUGAAAUAAACUUUUCAAAAAUA